AUGCAGAGAGCACUCUCUUCCGCUGCUAGGGCUCGUCCCUCUUCCUCCAAUAUGAGGUCCCUGGCUCUUGCUCCAACUCUUUUGUCAGGUCAUCAGCAAUCUCGGGCAUACUCUCACAAGGUAAGUGCUCUUAUGCCCAUCUGAUGGGCAGGUCAAUUGCGUCAGUUUGAUAAGUCAAUAAUAUUGGGUGCGAGCGACGGACAACUGAAACAUGGAAAUUUUUGACAUAGGAAUUGAAAUUUGGUGUUGAAGGAAGGCAAUCACUGCUUGCUGGCGUGGAUAUGCUCGCAAAAGCUGUGGCCGUCACCUUGGGCCCUAAGGGAAGAAAUGUUCUGAUUGAAUCACCAUACGGAAGUCCUAAGAUUACGAAAGGUAAAUUGUAGAAGCUACUUAAAGUCAUUAAGUUUAAUGCUAACUUUUACCUUUUUAUAGAUGGCGUAACAGUAGCAAAGUAUGCAAACAAACUGAGUUUAUUGCUUUGAGUAUGAAAAGUAAUUAACGCCGUUGUAGGGCCAUUACGCUGAAAGAUAAAUUUGAGAACUUGGGCGCUCGUUUGCUGCAGGAUGUUGCGUCCAAGACGAACGAAGUUGCUGGAGACGGUACUACUACCGCUACGGUUCUUGCCCGUUCCAUCUUCACCGAAACCGUCAAGAAUGUUGCUGCUGGUUGCAAUCCUAUGGAUCUCCGCCGCGGAACCCAAGCAGCUGUUGGAGCCGUUGUUGAAUAUCUUCAGAAGAAUAAGCGAAAUAUCACUACCUCUGAGGAGAUCGCUCAAGUCGCUACUAUUUCUGCGAAUGGUGACCAACAUAUCGGGGAACUAAUUGCUCAGGCUAUGGAACGGGUUGGAAAGGAGGGUGUUAUUACUGUUAAAGAGGGAAAGACCAUUGAGGACGAAUUGGAGGUCACGGAGGGAAUGAAAUUCGAUCGGGGAUACGUUUCACCCUACUUCAUUACCGACACCAAGACCCAGAAGGUUGAGUGCGAAAGGCCUUUAAUCCUUCUAAGCGAGAAGAAGAUCUCUGCUGUUCAAGACAUUAUCCCCGCCCUAGAGGUUUCUACCUCUAUGCGUCGACCUCUCGUUAUCAUCGCCGAAGAUAUAGAGGGCGAAGCUCUUGCCGUGUGUAUCCUCAACAAGCUCCGUGGUCAACUCCAGGUUGCUGCUAUCAAGGCACCCGGUUUCGGCGACAACCGCAAGUCUAUCCUUGGGGAUAUUGGUGUUCUGACUAAUGCAGUCGUUUUCUCUGAUGAGUUGGGUGUCAAACUUGAGAAGCUUACUCCUGAUAUGCUUGGUAGCACCGGCUCGAUCACCAUUACCAAGGAAGAUACUAUCAUUCUCAAUGGUGAAGGUUCCAAGGAUGGUAUUGCGCAGCGUUGUGAGCAAAUCCGUGUUGCGAUGAACGACUCCACUACUUCUGAGUAUGAAAAGGAGAAGCUCCAGGAGCGCCUUGCGAAGCUUUCAGGUGGCGUCGCCGUUAUCAAGGUUGGUGGAGCCUCGGAGGUUGAGGUUGGAGAGAAGAAGGACCGGUUCGUCGACGCUCUCAAUGCUACUCGAGCCGCCGUUGAGGAAGGGAUUCUUCCUGGAGGUGGUACUGCCCUGCUGAAGGCAUCCACAAACGCCUUGGGCAAUAUCAAGGUUGGCAACUUUGACCAACAGCUCGGUCUCUCAAUUGUCAAGUCAGCGAUCACCCGCCCUGCACGCACCAUCGUUGAGAACGCAGGAGGUGAGGGAUCUGUGAUUGUUGGGAAACUUAUUGAAGAGUAUGGUGGUGACUUCAACAUGGGUUACGAUGCCUCCAAGGGCAAAUAUGUCAACAUGAUCGAGUCUGGUAUUGUGGACCCAUUGAAGGUUGUCAGGACCGCUCUUAGUGAUGCUUCCGGUGUUGCCAGUCUUCUUGGCACUACCGAAUGCACAAUCGUCGAUGCUCCGGAGGAGAAGGGCCCCCCAGGUGGGGGCAUGGGAGGCGGUAUGGGAGGUAUGGGUGGUAUGGGCGGAAUGGGCGGUUUCUAGAUGUGAAGAAGCAUCGAGAGUACUGAAGUGCAGUCUUAAAAACUAAUGCAUAGCUACGCAUCAUUGAGUAGAUGCUUUAUCCCCUUCCCUAUUUUUCUUCAUAUCCGGCCUCGGGCCUCUUCUGGGAUUAUGCUCUCUCCACUCACUUUUACUUUUUUUGCCGUGCCAACUGAAAAGCAUUUAUCUUUGUCUAUUUUCUUCCUUUCGUUCCAUGUAUAUCCUUACUCCCGGGGUGCUGCGCAAGUGGUGUUGUAUAUACGGGCAAGCAUAUGGAAUAAAACCGAA